UUUGGAGCUGAUUCAAAGCUGAAACCCACGUCUAAAGCCAGCUUUGAAGUCUGGGAUGGGUAGAUGGCUCCCUCCACCUUUCUUCCAUUCGCACACCUAUCUUCAGCUCUCAAUUCUACCUAAAAAUUACUCCUCCAGCUUCUAAUUGUAUCCCAUUAUCAUCUUUAUCAGAUUCCUUUGCUCGCUUGAUUCAUCUGAUUUCGUCAGCACACAUAGACUUUGGUUGAUUUUGUUUCGCAUUGCUCCCACAAUCCUAGCUAUUUACUCCUUCGUUAUCUCAUAUUUCAUAGGUUCUCCAAUCCAAUUUGCAUCAUAUUCACCUGGAACUCAUUGCCUCUGCUUCUGAUAGAAACCCCAUUAUUGUCCUUAUUUACUCCCUCGAUCGUCUGCUUCAUCAAAUUUUAUCAACACUCUCGACCACUGUUUGAUUCUGAAUUCUAUCAGUUCUAAGUCUCUUCUUCGGAUUAAAGACGAUGUCGUUUGAGGAGGAGGCAUUGGAGCACACCCUCCUCGUGGUCCGCGAGGUUUCAGUGUACAAAAUUCCACCCCGAACUACAUCCGGUGGGUACAAGUGCGGGGAGUGGCUUCAGUCCGAUAAAAUCUGGUCGGGCCGCCUUAGGGUUGUUUCGUGCAAGGAUCGUUGCGAGAUCCGACUGGAGGAUCCGAACACUGGUGAGCUCUUUGCCGCGUGCUUCGUUUACCCAGGUCAGCGCGAGAAUUCGGUCGAGUCUGUGCUCGACUCGUCCAGGUACUUCGUGCUGAAGAUCGAGGAUGGUCUGGGGAAACACGCAUUUAUUGGAUUAGGGUUUGCGGAGCGAAAUGAAGCUUUUGAUUUCAAUGUGGCAUUAUCGGAUCACGACAAGUAUGUGAAGAGGGAGCACGAGAAAGAAUCUGGCGAGCCAAGUGAGGAGUCUCAGAUUGAUAUUCACCCCGCUGUAAAUCAGAGGUUGAAGGAAGGUGAGACCAUCCGGAUUAACGUGAAGCCUAAACCAUCAUCUAGUGGAACGGGCAUGCUUUCUGCUGCAGGUUUAACAGGUGGACCUUCUGGAAGUACGAAACCUAAAGCCUCGGGCCUUGCUCCCCCGCCUACUGGGUUAGGAAAAAUCAGGUCUCCUCUUCCUCCCCCACCAAAUGAUCCUGUAGCUGCUCGGUUGACUUCUACCAGUCGCAUAACUGGUCUUAAGGAGACGAACGGAAGUGGAAGAAAUUCUAAUGAUACUUCUUUAGACCUCUCUCAAUUAAAGAAGAAUCUUCCCACAAAAGCCGCUUCAGGUUCGACCACUGCGUCAGGAUGGGCAGCCUUCUGAUCAUGUUAAUAUGAGUAAUUUGACUGCGAGGCUUUUAUUUUCUUGAAUUUUUUUCCUUUGGAUUUACGUUGACAAAAGAAACAAUGGAAGUAUGGAACUAAUGAAGAAACGGAGGGAGACUGUUUCAAGUGUACUUAGCGGAAGUUACCAAAUGAUUGGACAGAAAUAUCCUGUAUUAUGUUUAUGCUAUUUCCUUCUUCUUGUUUUUUUUUUUUUUGGGUGAGAAUUAUGUUUAUAUCAUACAAAUACUCUUCUCAUCCCAAUGUGGCUCUUUUUAAGCUGUAUUUCUGACGUUCUGCUCGAGGAACGGGUGUUCUUGCUGAUGGUAUUUUCAUCU